UUGUUUACAAAAAACGAAAAACGCCGAAAAUGUCCGAAGAAACAAUUUCAAACCCAACAAUCAAAAUUGAGCCAAAGGAAUAUCCUCCAGUUAAACAAGAACUUGAUGACAACGAUAUUACUCCAGAAACAUUUUUAGAAAAUGAAGUAAUAUAUUUACAUCAGUCAUCAUCAGAAAAAAUAAAACAAGAAACAAUUGAUGAUCAAGAUGAAACAAGUUUCGACGAGGGAUCUUAUAUGGAAAACGAAGGAAUAUAUCAACAGCGAUUUUUAGAUUCUGAAGUCACUAUAGAUGAAGAAAUAAAGAAAGAAACGAUUGAUGACCCAGAUGAAUCACAUUUUGAUGAGUAUUCUUAUACGGAAAACGAAGAAAUAUGUCUACAGCAAUUUUUAAAAUCUGAAGUAACAUUUGAGGAAGAAGUAAAGCAUGAACCGAUUAAUGAGCAUGUUGCAGACACUAGUAAGGACAAAAACAAUGUCAGAGAGUCAAGUGAUUUAGCGGAUAAUACAAGUGAAUGCAAUAAAUCAGUUAAAAAAGUUGUAGGAAAACUUAAAACUACCCUAAACUUAAAACAACCCUUGGAAUGUAAAACUUGCAAUAAAAAUUUCUCAACAAUUAUCACCUUACGUCAACAUAAAAUGAUUCAUACAGGAGAACGACCUUACAAAUGUGAAACAUGUAAUAAAGCAUUUACAACAAAUUGGAAUUUAAGUCAACAUAAAAAGGUUCAUACGGAAGAACGUCAUCACAAAUGUGAACUAUGUAAUAAAGCAUUUAAAACAAAUAGUAAUUUAAGUCAACACAAAAAAUAUCAUACAAGAGAACGGCUAUACGAAUGUGAAAUAUGUAAUAAAGCAUUUAUAACAAAUGGUGCAUUAAUUCGACAUAAAAGGAUGCAUACAGGAGAACGUCCUUACAAAUGUGAAAUAUGUAAUAAAGCAUUUAUAAUGAAUAAAGAUUUAAUUCAACAUAAAAGGAAUCAUACAGGAGAACGUCCUUACAAAUGCAAAAUAUGUAAUAAAGCAUUCAUAGCAAAAGAAACAUUAAAGCGACAUUUAAUGAUUCAUACUGGAGAACGACCACAUAAAUGCAAAAUAUGCAAUAAAGCAUUCAAAUUAAAACGAGAUUUAAAACUACAUGAAUUUGUUCAUACUAAAGAAAGCAAUCAUAAAUGUGCAGUAUGUAAAAAAACAUUCGCAAAAAAACAAAAUUUAAGUCUGCAUGAAAUGAUCCACACUGGAACCCGUCCUCAUAAGUGUGCUUUAUGCAAUAAAUCAUUCACCAGAAAAGAAAUAUUAAACCAACAUCUAAUGAUUCAUACUGAAGAACAACCAUAUAAAUGCAAGAUAUGCAAUAAAGCACUCCGUUUAAAACGAUAUUUAAAACAACAUGAAUUAAUCCACAUAAGAGAUAGCAAUCAUUGA